AUGGCGGUUUCUUGGCAUCAUACGCGCAGAACGUCACAGUGGUUUCAAAGAAAUGGACCUAUGAAUAUCAACCACUACGCGAAUAAGAAGAGCGCUGCGGAGAGCAUGUUGGACAUUGCCCUGCUGAUGGCCAAUGCAUCCCAGCUGAAAGCUGUGAUGGAGCAAGGACCUUCUUUUUCCUUCUACGUCCCACUUAUUGUUCUCAUCAGCGUGUCACUCACACUGCAAGUUAUUGUGGGAGUGCUCCUGAUAUUCCUUGUAAAAUAUGACCUUAACAACCCUGCAAAACAUGGAAAGCUGGAUUUCCUCAACAACCUUGCCACUGGACUAGUAUUCAUAAUAGUAGUUGUGAAUAUUUUUAUCACUGCCUUUGGAGUGCAGAAGCCAGUUGCUGAGUCAGCACCAAGGCACUGA